AUGGCUAAACUCAUGAAAUGGGCCAUGAAGCCGUUUCGGAGGGCUCCUUGCCCUCCCAUGCAUUUCCCAACCAGCGGCUUCGACAUUCUCCCUCCAUCGGAAGUGCUCGAGGAGGAACGAUUCGAGCAUUUUAGAUGUGGAGUAUACUAUCCUGCUAAUAUUGGCGAUGUGCUGAAUGCCAAGUAUCAGGUAAUCGAGAAACUGGGUUUUGAGACUACUUCAGCGGUAUGGCUCGCUCGCCAUCAAUAUGUGUCACUCAAGAUCUACACACGUGACGAAGAUAAUCAGCAAGAAUUCCAGAUCUACAAGCGACUGAAUCGGGGCAGUUCAUGGCACCCUGGUCAUGCUCACGUACGAAAAUCACUGGAUAUCUUCACAGCUCCCCGUUCGGGCGGUGACCAUCCAUAUUUACUUUAUCGCAACCCCACCCAUCGAUUCAGUGAGGAUCUACUCAAAGCUGGCCUUUUGCAGAUUCUUCAGGCACUUGACUACCUGCAUACCGAUUGCAAGCUUGUCCACACUGACAUAAAAAGCGACAACAUUCUCCAAGAGAUAGAGGACAAAUUGACGAACCCCUCACCUCGCAAGUUCGUCAACGGCUUACCGGUCUACGCUUCCCGACGUUUCGACUUGCCAAAGGUGUUCGGACGGGCAGUGCUGAGUGAUUUCGGCUCAGCCGUACGAGGAGAUGAGAAGCGAAAUCACGAUGCGCAGCCUAAUGUUUAUAGAUCGCCGGAGGUGAUGCUCAAGACUGAUUGGAGUUAUCCGGUUGAUAUAUGGAACGUUGGGGCUAUGGUGUGGGAUCUAUUUGAGGGGAGACAUCUUUUCCACGGGGAUGACCCUGACGGCAAGGGAUACUCGACGCGGGCGCAUCUGGCAGAGGUCAUGGGUCUUCUGGGGCCGUCCCCUUUAGACAUGCUCAAACGUGGGAAACGAAGCCAUGAAUUCUUUACUGACGAUGGCAAUUGGAAGCAAGACAUACCGAUCCCAACAGGAGGCAGCUUGGAACAAUCGGAAGAGUUCCUUGAGGGAAGAAAUAAGGAGAUGUUCUUGGUUUUCAUGAGAGGGGUGCUCCAGUGGCGCCCAGAGGAUAGGAAGACAGCAAAGGAACUACUCCAGGAUCCGUGGCUGAAUGAUCAGGCAGAGUAG